UGUUAGAGUCAACGCUUGUGCAGCAGCCAAUCAAUGGGCGAUCCUGUCGAUCAGCUGCUCGAUUCCGCUUAUCAUUUAAACCACUACUCAGCGGGUCAUACUACUCAUCCCGCUUCCCCCUUUUCUCGUCAUCAACCAGAUAUUUACAAUCAUCAUUUUUACCAUCAAUCAAGAAACCCUUCCCCAGGUCCUUCUUCCCCUCGUAACUCUCCUCAAGAUGACCUAUUCCUUCAUCAUCACAUAGACCCUGACCCACCUUCUCAUCAAAAUACUCCAACAGACGACCAUCAAGUAGAUGAAGAACCCCUCUAUGUAAAUGCAAAACAAUAUUUUCGUAUCCUCAAACGUCGUGUCGCUCGUGCUAGACUAGACGAGGUACACAGGCUCUCCAGGCAGAGAAAGCCUUAUCUCCAUGAGAGUCGUCACAAACACGCAAUGCGUCGUCCCCGCGGCCCCGGUGGCCGCUUCCUCACAGCAGAGGAGAUAGCUGCCCAAAAGAUUCAGGCAGCUACAGUUCGUGACCCUGCAGACGACGAUGCAGAUGACAAUUCUCCUGAGAAGGAGGAGCAAGACGCUCCUCCUACCCUGCCCGUCCAUGACGAGCCACAGCACAUCAACCCGUAUGCGCAGUCCUUUGCUGCCCACUUCCAAGACCCGGGCAACACUCCCCAGUUACCCCCUAAUCCUCAGCCUACACUCAUGUCGCAUUCUGCAAAGCCCCCCCUUCCUUCAUCUGGCUCUGUUACCCUACGUCCCCCGUAUACCUCAGCCCAAAUGCACCAUGUCCCCCACCCUCACGCCCACGCCAGGCACCAUCACUCUCACAUCAACUACUCAGAAGGUCUAUAUCCUACUGAAGAAGGCCCCUCUGGGAGCGGUAUACUCUCUUACGGUACCCGCAAUCUCGACAGCCGCUGAUAUCAGCGCCACAAGCUUCAAUAUAUCUCUUCCGUUCUUUGGUUUUCUUUGGUUUCCCUGUUACCGUAUUCUCCCAUUUAGAU